CCUGUAUAUGUUUCUUAUAGACUGCCGUGACAGAUACCUGGCCCAGGCUGGUAGUAUCCAGAAAUAGGAUGCAUGGUCACUAGCUAGGAAGCACGGCUCUCGACAACAAACACAUGCAGCCAGAUCACUUACAGCAGGCGCUGCCAGAUGGCUGGGAGUGCGCAUUGGAUGAAGCUUCUGGCCACUGGUAUUACUACAAUCGCUCGACGGGGGUGACCUCCUGGACGCCGCCGGAGACGACUUCACAUGCGGCCACCACCACCACCACCGGCAGUGCCGCUCCCCAGUCCGCCGCCCCGCCUGCGUCUGCCUCCGGCCAGCAACCCGCAUCCCUCCGCGGCCCAGCCCCUGCAGCAUCAGCGGAUUCCGUUGCCCUGCUCCAGGCUGGGCGGCUAGGAGCGGCCGCUCCUGCGGCGGUGGCAGGAGGGGCGGGUCGUGCUGCGGUGGCUGCUGCAGGGCAGGCGGGGGGGCCGGCUGCCGCAGGACCCAGCAGCGGCACCCGUGGCAGCGGCGGUGGCGGCGGUUGGUACUACC